AUGCAGGUGUUGUCAGCUCUGGACAUUUUGCAGCCUCCACAAAUCGACUGCUUCGAGGAAAUCUACGUGAUAACAGAGCUGAUGCAGAGCGACCUCCACAAAGUGAUCGUGUCUCCUCAGCCGCUCACCACCGACCACAUCAAGGUCUUCCUCUACCAGAUCCUCCGAGGUUUGAAGUAUCUGCACUCUGCUGGGAUUCUGCACAGAGACAUCAAACCUGGAAACCUGCUGGUCAACAGCAACUGUCUGCUGAAGAUCUGUGAUUUCGGGUUGGCGCGUGUGGAGGAGCCCGACCCGUCGCGUCACAUGACCCAGGAAGUGGUGACUCAGUACUACCGAGCGCCGGAGGUGCUGAUGGGCUGCCGGCACUACAACUCGGCCAUCGACGUCUGGUCGGUCGGAUGCAUCUUCGCUGAGCUGCUGGGACGACGAAUCCUCUUCCAGGCUCAGAGCCCCAUCCAGCAGCUGGAUCUGAUCACAGAUCUGCUGGGAACUCCUCCUCUGUCUGCGCUGUCGGCGGCCUGCGAAGGAGCCCGAGCUCACAUCCUGAGAGGGCCGCACAAACCGCCGUCGCUGUCGGUUCUCUACAUGCUGUCUGACGGAGCGACACACGAGGCCGUGCACCUGCUCUGCCGGAUGCUCGUCUUCGAUCCGGCGAAGCGUAUCUCCGGCAGCGACGCUCUGUCCCACCCGUACCUGGACGAGGGCCGUCUGCGGUACCACACCUGCAUGUGUCAGUGCUGCUACUCCGUUCCCAGCGGACGAGUUUACACCAGAGACUUCGAGCCGGUCGCAGAGCGGCCGUUCAGCCACAGCUACGAGAACAGUCUGCUGUCCGUCUGGCAGGGAAAAGAGUUAAUCCAUCGCUUCAUCACGGAGCACCAGCAGGGCAAACGAGUGCCGCUGUGCAUCAACCCUCAGAGUGCUGCCUUCAAGACCUUCAUCAGGUCCACUGCUUGGCAUUCCUCCAAGGUUUCCAGGAAGGAGGAGAGAUGAACGCUCCUCCUCUCCGCAUCGAGGAGCCGCAGCAGUUAUUUUGAGAGAAGAAGAAGAAGAAGAUUUUUUUUCAACAUCGAGAAGAAAAAAAAAAACACCGAAGAGAUUAGCUCCUUUUUUUUUUUUCUUCUUCUUCCUUUUUUUAAAGUUUUUAUUUUUCCUCUCCUUUCUACAAGUGAAAUCUGAUGCGUUUCCCCCCCUUUAAAAAAUAUCCCAAACUAUACACGGAAGCGUUUUCGGCGCUGAUAUAUAAAAAGAAAGAGAAAGAAAUGCUGCUGAAGUGCUCGAGGA